UACGCAGGGUCUAACGAUACAUACGUACGUAGGAAAAAAAUCCAAAAUCCUUAUGCGAAGAAUAUUCUGAGCGUUCUACGGUACCGGUAUGUUGCCGACUCAGCACAAAACAGCAGAAGACUCCACAAAACACUCCUACACGACACAUCCCGGAGAACACAACACAAAACAACACAAGGCAACACAAAACCUCAACACCAUGCGUAGGACAACUGCUGUGUUCUCGGUUUCGCCUUUGCUCGCGGUCUCGCUAGCGCUAGUGGCUCUCGCGAUUUGUGGCGCUGGAACCACCAGCGCCUUCACCGCUCCGGCGGGUUCCGUUUCCGACAGAGGCCCCAGCGGUUCGUCCCUUGCGUCGACCGUGGCCCAGGCGCCGCCGGCCGAGCAGCAACACUGGAUGGACUUUAUGAAGUUUGGCGGGACCAGCCCGGGCUUUGACGUGAUCGAGCAGACCAGGGCCUUUAGCGAGUGCAAGACCUACGACGACGCCGAGGGCUAUUUCGACGAGGACUACGUCUUCCGGGGGCCGAUCGUCGGCCCGAUCACCGCCAAAGACGUGAGGGAGACCCAGGAACGCUUCAACGUCAUGGACGCCUACCCGGACCUGGUCAUGGAGAAAUUCGGCUAUACGGUAGACCCCGAGAAUCCCUACCGCUGCUACUGGUUCGAGCGGUGGAAGGGGACCAACAGGGAGGCGGUGCAGGUGGGCCCCCUGGCGCUCCCGCCCACGGGCCAGGUAGCGGUCGUCCCGACCCACGUCAUGUCCGCCAACUGGACGCCCUCCGGGAAGAUCAUCUACCUGUGUCUAUCGGGCCCUCUGGACCGGUUCGAGGGCAACACGAUGGGCCAGGGGGCCGUCUUUGGCCUGCUCAAGACCGCGGGGGUUCCACUGCCGGUCCCGAGCGUCGGGAACCCCUCGCUCUCCUUCAACCAAAAGUACGUCGCCCCCCUCAUCUCCCAGAAGGCCUUUUCGGCGGACGCCGACGUCCCGGGGUGGUGGAAGAGCACCGCCAAGGGGGCCGACGCCAACGACGUGUAGGGCGACACAACACAACACAACAAAACACAGACCAACACAACUACCGGGCGUGGUUUCGAGCGCACGCGAAACGUUGACAAUCUGGAUGCAAAGACGAAUGAAACGAAGACGAGGGCAUUGUUCGGAUUGUCGGCAUCGGGAUGGAUUGUUUUGUCUGGGAAUAUCACAAGAUGGUACAAAUUCGUGCAGGGGCAACGCUCGGAGCGAUGACGGUUGCGGUUCCGACAAAGCCACGAUGGCUGUAGCAGUCGUUGUUCCAUGGCUUUUGAGUAUACUAGUAGUCUAAACAGUAGUGCCACCCAUCGAUCCAAAGCAAAAAGAAUCGCCACGGAGACACAGACACGAGUGCACCGUACCAGUCGCGAUUGACUCGAUUUUAGUAUGCUUUCACUACGGUUCUUCUUGGUUUGUUUGUGAACUAUUGGUCGACCCAUUCGUUGCUCGUGUCAUUGUGCAUUGUUGGAAUGCUGUUUGCUUUUUCUUUAGGUAGGACUCGUCUGACAAUAGAAUAUUACUACUGAAUUACUACUGAACAGUAUUACACCGAAGUACUUGGUACAGUAGUUCACAACUCGUACGGUGCCUGGCAUCCAAGAAAUUUUCGGUUCUUAGUUAUGAUUGUGCGCAAUGAUACGGUAACUUGUUACUACAGACCACGAAGGUAGGAACGGGAACAUACGUCUGUAGUCUAGGAAUGUACCUCACUACAUAUGUACUCAUGUUUGGAUAUUAAAGAUUAGAGUAAAUAUUAAAGAUACUA